AUGGCAGUAAUUUUUGUCGUGGAUUCAACUGACAAGGACCGAAUUUCGACUAGUGCUGAGGAAUUACAUACCAUGCUUAAAGAAGACGAGCUCUCAGAUGCGGCAUUGCUCGUGUUUGCUAAUAAGCAGGAUCAGAAGGGGGCAUUGACGGCGUCAGAGGUUUCAAAGGCAUUGGAUCUUGUCAGUCUUAAAGAUCGUAGUUGGAGUAUAAUGGCAUGUAGUGCUAUACGUGGUGAUGGCCUUAAUGAAGGUCUGGAUUGGCUGGUAAAUGUAAUAAAAGAGGAGCAUAUCUGA